AUGGCUACUUAUGGUGAAUUAAUUGAGCUACUUCAUGUAGCGGAGUUGAGAUGUGAUGAAGAGGAUGUGGAGCUGUCUGAGUUGCUUGUGACCCUUUUUAAGGAACAAUACCCUUCUAUAUACAUUGGUCGACCAAGCCGGUUUCUUGAUACACUUCAAAGGAUUGCAGCACCAACCAGACCAUCUAUGGUUGGAAAAAGCAAGUUUGAUGGAGAUUCUCUUCGUUCUUAUAUGAAAAGAAUAUGGACCCCUAAAAUUCGCAAUCCACCACCAACAGAUAUUGAUUCGACUCCUUUUCCCGAGAAAUUGGUUGAAUGUGGUUUGAACGAAGAAUUUCUGGAAGCAGCUCUCAUCCAAGAACGUGAUUGGUGUGUUAAAGAUGGAACUACUGUUGGAUUUUAUAGAUGCUUACAUAAAUUCUUACUAAAGUGGCCAAAAUCUCGAUUUAUGACGAAAACAAGCAUAGGGCGAUUCUACAUCAGAAUUGAUCGCAGUCUAAGACAAAAAGGAUCACGUCCUGACAACAUUUAUCAAUUUGUCGAAAAGAUCGUUUUGUCUGAUGAACCUGCUUGUAGUCACAUGAGCUAUGGGGUUGGUUACCAGCAAAUUCAUCUUCUAAGAAAAGAAUUGAAAGAACACGAUCUUUUAAUUAAGAAUAUGGCAUCCAAACUGACAGAAACAGAUGCAGAACUAGACCUAGUAAAGAGGAAACUGUGUAGUACUGAAACAGAACGGGAUCAAACAGUUAAAAAUGCCACAAAGAAAGUUAUUUCCCUGGAGAGAAAAAACAAAGCUGUAUUAAAUAGCAAAUUAAAAGCAAUUGAAAGCUAUGAACAUCUCUACCAAGACCACACACACUACGAAGAAGAACUACUAGAGCAGAACUCACACCUAUCUAAGUAUGCAAAGCUGCUGGUACCAUAUCUACCGUCAACAACAGAAGCAAGUUCACUAGUAGAUCAUAGUCAGAUGAUUUUUCACACAAUUGAUAACGGACAGUAUACACCUGCUCUCAGAGCUCUAUAUUACCAGCUUCUUGCAGAUCAGGUGCCCCUUGGAAAAAUUAAAACUACGAUUAAAGCUGUUAUUAAGUGUUUCUUUCCUUUAGCUGAUGUUGAGAAUCUGCAAUUGCCAAGUGAGAGCUGUGCUAAGUAUAUGCGACAACACGAGUUAAAAACUGUAAGCAUGGUUCACAAAGCAAAAGUUUUAUCUGAAGCAAAUUCAAACUCUGAUGGGACAACCAAGUUUCAGAGAAAAAUUGGAGGCACAGUUUUUAAUGGAUUGGUGAUCUCGGUUAACGAGCUCCCUGAUGGAAGUGCUGAGAGUAUGAUUGCUGAUAUGUCUAGAGAGAUUGAAAAGCUGAGGGAUAUUGCUCGUGUAUUGAAAAUACCGAAUGCCGACAAAAUCAACUGGACACUUGUGUCUGCCUCAACCUCAGACUCAGCAUCAACACAAAAAAAGUUUAAUCAAUUACUUGAAAAGAAGCGAGAAGAGGAUGAGAGUGUUUUUGGGCCUGCGAAUGGUGAUGCAGUGGACAUCAUUGAGAAUUUUUGUGCUAUGCACCUCGGAAUAAACUUACGUAAAGCGUUUCUCGAGGGGCUGAAGACUGAAUCUAGCUGCAGCAGCAAUGCAAGUGAAAGACGUGAGUAUUAUCAGACUGACACUCUAGUUCACGAGUUUUGUAAACUUUUUGGUCGCCAUGGAGUUCCAGAAUAUGGAUGUGGUGCAUCAAGCUUUCUUGACUUUCUAAAUUUAAUGCUUAACGAACAACACCUUUCUGCUGACCAAAGAGAGUACUAUACGUUGUGCAGCAAAACCUUUUUAGACCGUCAGGUAGGGAGCCGAUACUUUGUGACUGCCCAUAACGCAGGAAAAAUUUUAUUCCUUAUCUCUGCUGCGUGUGAUUUUCUCGAGUAUUGUGGUAAAAGCACUGAUGGAAACAAAUUGGAACGCGAUGUGUACAAUAAGUUGCAGGACACCGAUGAGAUAUCCAAGCUCAAAGCUGAUGCCCUCAUAUUUCAUCAUGUGUAUGCUGAUCUCAUGACAUUGGCCAAGUCUACAGCACUAUCAAAGUCUGCAUGGGACAUGAAUAUGCAUUACUUGGAACUGUCAUUGUUUCUUGCAGAAAUUGAGAAAGAACCACAGGCAAUAAUGUGCGAAGAAAUGAGAGUUUUUCCUUCUGAAGACCGCCUCUAUGGAAGCGAAAUGACAAACCAUCGAGUUCAUUCGAAGUAUUCUCAUGUCGAAAAGAGGUUAUUUCAAACUGAUUCUUUCGACGACGAUAAGCUUUUUCCUCUAAUUGCUAGUGGAGUUUCAGCAAUGAAAAAAAAACUGGGUGCCUACGCUAAAAAUCAAUUACCAAAUGGAAUAUAUUGGGAUCCUGAGGCAGAAGUAAAGGAAAUUCUCAAAAAAUUACCUCCAACAAAUGAUAUAUGUGAAAGUCUACUGGGCUUAAACGAUCACUUAACUACUAGUAUUCCAAAUUUAUCACAAUUGACACGCUCCAACUUGAUCGAAACAAAGAAAAAUAAAACGAUGCUUUGGCUUAGGGAACUUCCCCAGGAAGAACGCGACCAAGUUGUGACUCUCGCUGCUGCAAGAAGAGCAAGAGUAAAAACUGACUCUAAAGAAGAACAAGAAUUUAUUAAAGCACAAAGAACUAAAAAACUUUACGAGCAAAAACAGAGGAGAGACGCUUUGAAAAAAAGAACCCAAGAAGAGCUAAUGAAAUUAGGACAACUUCAAUUAAUCACCUCUGCUACUGAGCUUCGAGGAGCUCUUGCAGAUAUUGAGGAAUCCAGUCUUUCUGCAGCCAAAAAAAGGGACAAAAAGUUAUCUUUGUUAAAAGACCAGAUUAAUAUCCGCAAGAAAGUUUAUAAGCAAGAAAUAAAAAUACCAUUAUCUCAACGUGGAAAGAAGCGUCCUCUAGCCACUAUAGCAUUCGAACUACUAAAAUUCAUGGAAACUCAAGAACCUAGUGGUGACCACUGUUGUCACGAUCCAGCUAGCCUAGUUGGCAAAUCUAUCGAACAAAAGUUUGAAGUUGAUGUUGGAGAGUUUGAAUGGUUCCGGGGUUUCGUAGUUUCCUAUGAUACCCAGACAAAUUUACAUGAAGUUGCAUAUGAAGACGAAGAUGAACAUUGCCACUUUAAUUUACUUGAAGACCUAAUUAUUAACAAUCUAAGGAUUACUUAAUUUAUAGCAAGCACUUAUUCACCAUGACAAAAGAUAACAUUAAUAACAUUGUAAUGUAAAUAAUUGUUUGCUUUGGCCAUGCAUAAAUUAUGUAUGCAUGUGGUGUAAUUGUUCAAUUGAUAAGGAUCGGUGAGUCGGUGACUUGCUGCAGCAACAA